AUGGACCUCGCCUCUCUCCGCGCAGAAAUCAAGGCUUGGGAGCGCGAAUUUAGGAGCAAAUAUACGCGCGACCCCACCAUCCAGGAGAUCAAAGACAGGCCAGACAUAGCGGCCAAGUACAAGCUCUACAAGUCUCUAUCCAAGUCAUCCUCAUCCAACGGCACUCAAUCGUCUUCCUCGCGUCAUGAGAUACCUUCGGGGUCGCAGUCGCGUCAGGCGAUCCAUGCAUCAACAUCUUCGUUGCUUCCCAAAGCUCGCGCGGUCAGAGUCGAUCCUCCGCUUCAGACGUCUAAUCCCUUCUCUCCUGUCAAGAAGAAGUAUAAAUACCUCAAUGAACACGUCCUCUUGACUAAUGGGCCACCGGAUUUGGCACAGUAUCCCCCACGUCCAGAUCCGUUUGCAACUCCAACGAAACCGAAAGCACAUACGAAGACCAAAAUCUCAGCCCCCCAGCGCUCGCCUUCGCCGGAUCCAUUUCCCCUGAUUGAACUUACUCAGCCGAGGCAGCCUCCGCCCGCUGACCCGCAUACUCCCUCUGUUAAAUCUGCGGUUACUCGGGCCCGCAAGCGCCUUCGCGGUGAGCCGGUCUCGCCAUCACCUGUCAAGGAGAAGCGUGUACGAGUCGGCUCUCAGAGUGCAUUGAAAUUCUCCAGUACAUUGCUUGACAGCGACGAAGACGAAAUUGACAUCCCCGAUCAGUCCGCCGAGGAUGCCGAAGAGACUUCCCUGGAAGCUACGCCCAUGAAACCGCCGCCUGGAGACAAGGCUUUUUGCGUGCUCUUUGAUGAGGUUCUGCCAAGUCCGCAGAAUACCUCGAGGCAGCCUCGCACUCGCUCACUCUCACGCAAUAAAUGUACGAUUAGCAAGCUCCACCUAUUCGGCGUUAGACGGUCUCCUUCCCAGGCUCUCUCACCGUCGUCACCGGAGGACGAGGAGAAUUUUUGGGCCACUAGUAGCAGUCGGAAUGGUCGCAUGACGUCUAGAAACGGAUUCAUGGCAGCCAAGACCACGGACACUCACCAACCAAGGCGGUUGAAUGAAGCAGCGAAGACUGGCAUUCCCAGGGCUGUACUACCAGGAAAGGACGAUCUCUGGUCCGAUGUUCCAUCCAUAGGAAGGCCGACGGCAAAAGGGAAGCCGUCCGCGACGUCCAACGGUAAGACUACCUUAGAUGAUAGGAUGUCCCCAGCGGUGAAGCGCCGACAUCCCGGCAAUGAACCUGAAGCUUACAUUGGGACUUCAAAUGUCAAUGACGACAGCAAUUCCCAACGUAUCCCCUUGGUCCCUCCGUCUCCGCCUCCUGCCGAAUCUUCAUCGCAAUCAUUUUUGGGCAAUGCCAAAGAUAAGGGCAAAGGGAAAGCAGCGGCCGCAUUUAGCCGAAAGAAGGCGAAACUACUUGAGCAAGUAGGUGGCGAGGAGAGCGACGAUGAUAGUACGGAAGAGGACAAACACGUGAAGGUCGUAGAGCGUGCACGAUCAUCGCAUAGACUGCCCUCUGCCGCUUUUGUGGACGAAUUGGACGAUCCGGAGUUCCAAUGGCCUGCACAGCCAGUACAUCCACCUGACUCCCCACCAUUAGACAGCCUGGAUGUAGAGGCAGGGAAGACGGAGGUGCGCUUACCCGAUGAACUCAGGCGCAUACUCGCCUUGUCUCCUCGAAGGGACAGCGUUCAGGAAGAGCAGCGUCUAGUAAACGGACUGUUGUACGGUCGGAGAGAGACACACUAUGAUGUCAAAAGGGGAGAGAUUUGGGAGGUAGGAGAGAUAAGUGAUGGCUUUGACGGAGUGGAUGAGGAAGAAGAGGACUGGGAAGGAGAGCCGGUGCCUUGGGAGGUAGCAGAGCUUUAG